AUGGGAGAUAGUCAUAUUCUGGAAGGCGAUAUGGCAGCGCCUUCCAAGAUCGAGCCAGCCGCCGAGGGCACUCCAAGUUCCAUCGAAUCCACCCCGGAGCGCGAAGCAGACGCAGAACCAUCCCAGGAACCCGCGCAACCCCAGAAACGUAAAGGCGGACGCAAGCCUAUCUACGCAACGUCCGAGGAGAGAAAGCAGAGGAAUAGACAAGCACAGGCCGCCUUUCGGGAACGACGGACGGAGUACAUCAAGCAGCUGGAGGCAACCAUCAAGCAGAAUGAGGAAACGCUCGCUAGUCUCCAGCAAAGCCAUCGAACUGCUGCAGAUGAGUGUCUCAUGCUACGGUACAAAAACUCGUUACUCGAGAGGAUCCUGCUGGAGAAGGGCAUCGAUGUGCAAACCGAACUUCAGAUGAAAACUGGAAGCCCCGUGCUCGGGCCUGGCUUCAUGCAUCCGGCCCCUAGCGUGCCUCCUCAGCCUCAGUUGCAAAGGACGGCAUUGCAACGACAGCAGGCUCGGCGAUCUGGACAUAACUACUUACCGAAGCUUGCGCCUGGUCAAUCGAAUCAGGACAUCAACUUUGCCACCACAUCGCCCCAUGCCCAUCCAACGCCCUCGUCACACGCCUCAUCGCCCUCGCAAUUGUCGACGAGGUCGCCGAUGACUAUGCGUCAAGGUGGGAUGACCCCACCCACCUCUGCUGUACUCGCUCAGCCACAAGCACAGCAUUUACAGAAAUUCGGUCGUCCGCCGCAGCAGCAGCAUCCUAACCAAGCAUUUUACCAAGCACAACAACAGUCUGGAGGACCACAGCGGCCACCGCAGCGACCGCCGCCCUCAAACUACCAGGGCAGUACAAGUGGAUUGUCAAGUAUCUCUUCUGGGAGCCAGAGUAGCAUGACACAGUCCUUGCCAGCCACGACGGGUAGCCAUGCUGGGCAGCAAGCAGCAUCAGCAUUCUACCCUAGCCCAUUUCAGAAACAUUUUGAUCAGCUCGACCAGGAGUACGAUACACAACAUUCGCGAUCGAUGCUCGACGACACAGAACCUGAAGAAGUCGAUCGCACUCAAUCGCCAGGACUUCAAGGCACCUACCCGUCACAGUUUGAUCAUCCCCAAAGCCAACAGCAUGGGGCGUAUUACGAGGCGCCACCAGGAGUGCAGCAUGACCAACAGCAGUCAAUGAUGCAGCCAACGAGCCAUCCCAAUGCUCAAGAUGGACACUACGAUGUGGAUUCAAGUGAUCCCAUGCUCGACGCUGAUCCGUUUGGCCUGUCUGCAUCGAUGCACUAUCCGACUGCAUACUCUUACGAUCCGCACGGCCACAGGUAA